ACUCUAUCAGAGUGGUUGUGUGCUGCAUCCAAGGGAUCAGGGCUGAGGAUGGGGGAAUCCUUCAGACCCAGAAGACCAUGCUCUGACUGAAAGUCCUGCCUGAAGGCCAGAAGGACUUGCCCUAGCAGAGCCUGAACAGCUGCCUGGUGAUUCCUACUUCACCCCUUCCGUGUGUGAACAGCUCCUGAACAUGAGCUACAGUCUCCAUUUGACCUUCAUGUAUCUGAGUCUCUUAGCUCAAAGGAUGUGCAUCCAGGGGAAUCAGUUUAACAUCGAGGUCAGCAGAAGUGACAAGCUUUCCCUGCCUGGCUUUGAGAACCUCACAGCAGGAUAUAACAAAUUUCUCAGACCAAAUUUUGGUGGAGAACCAGUUCAGAUAGCGCUGACUCUGGACGUUGCGAGUAUUUCUAGUAUUUCAGAGAGCAACAUGGACUACACAGCCACCAUAUACCUCCGACAGCGCUGGAAGGACCAGCGGCUGGUGUUUGAAGGCAACAAGAGCUUCACUCUGGACGCCCGCCUUGUGGAGUUCCUCUGGGUACCAGACACUUACAUCGUGGAGUCCAAGAAAUCCUUCCUCCAUGAAGUCACUGUGGGAAACAGGCUCAUCCGUCUCUUCUCCAACGGCACGGUCCUAUAUGCUCUCAGAAUCACAACGACUGUUGCAUGUAACAUGGAUCUAUCUAAAUACCCCAUGGACACACAGACUUGCAAGUUGCAGCUAGAAAGCUGGGGCUAUGAUGGAAAUGACGUGGAGUUCACCUGGCUCAGAGGGAACGACUCUGUGCGUGGGCUAGAAAACCUGCGGCUGGCUCAGUACACCAUACAACAGUAUUUCACCUUAGUCACCAGAACCCAACAGGAGACAGGAAAUUACACAAGACUGGUCUUGCAAUUUGAACUUCGGAGGAAUGUCCUGUAUUUCAUUUUGGAAACCUAUGUUCCUUCUACUUUCCUGGUGGUGUUAUCCUGGCUUUCGUUUUGGAUCUCCCUUGACUCAGUUCCUGCGAGAACGUGCAUUGGAGUGACCACCGUGUUAUCAAUGACCACAUUGAUGAUUGGGUCCCGCACUUCUCUUCCCAACACCAACUGCUUCAUAAAGGCCAUUGAUGUGUACCUGGGGAUCUGCUUUAGCUUCGUGUUUGGGGCCUUACUGGAAUACGCAGUUGCUCACUACAGCUCCUUACAGCAGAUGGCAGCCAAAGAUAGGGGGACAGCAAAGGAAGUGGAAGAAGUCAAUAUCACUAACAUCAUCAACAGCUCCAUCUCCAACUUUAAACGCAAGAUCAGCUUUGCCAGCAUUGAAAUUUCCGGUGAUAACGUAGACUAUAGUGACUUGACAAUGAAAACCAGUGACAAGUUCAAGUUUGUUUUUCGAGAUAAGAUGGGCAGAAUUGUUGAUUACUUCACAAUUCAAAACCCCAGUAAUGUUGAUCGAUAUUCCAAAUUACUGUUUCCUUUGAUUUUUAUGUUAGCCAAUGUAUUUUACUGGGCAUACUACAUGUAUUUUUGAGACAAUGUUGAAUUUUUUGCAUGCCAUAUGUUUUCAACAGAAUAAGGUAAUGAUGUAAAUGGUAAUCUAAGCUAAGUGUGCACCCUAACCCAAAGGUGUUACAUGUGACUAAAAUAAUAUUUGAGCAUUUCUCCUUAAUGAAUGAACACCCAACCAUUAUUCUAAGCUUUGUAGAAAUCCUAGCAUUACAGGAUCUUAUAAUAGAAAUAUCAGCCCAUUCCUCUUUCAUCUUUGUAAAGGACAUCCCAUGGAGCCUAAGAUUAUAGACCUACUUGGGGCUGACUAUUCGUUCAGUGGCUCCCUAGUCUGCAUUUACCUCAUAUAAAAAAUGGGAAAGAGACUGUAACGUGUAUUGUGUAACCCUCAAGUGUCAGGGGUUGUUUCUAAAUUAAUCAUGCGUGCUAUUUACCAAAUUUCUGCAGUGCUUAUAAAAUGCAUUGCUGCCUAUUUAAGGAGUAACAUUUUCUAGUUUUUGUUUUUGAUUAAAAUGAAAU